AUGGGUUUCGCAGCAGCCGAAAGGACGACCGACCCCCCCGAGGUCCGCAACUGGACGAUCCACUACAUCGCCCUCGUGGCCUCCAUGGCAGCCCUCUCUAUGGGCUACGAUACCGCCGUGAUCGGCGGCACAAUGUCGCUCGACUCCUUCGUCCGCGACUUCGGCAUCGCCAACAUGACCCCCUCGGAGCGCGACAACUCCCAGGCCAACAUCGCCUCCAUGUUCCAAGUCGGCGCCUUCUUCGGCGCCCUGCUGACCUUCCCCGUCGCCGAGAAGUACGGCCGCAAACGGGCCAUCAUGACCGCCGCGCUCGUCUUCUGCGUCGGCGGCGCCAUGAUGUCCGGCGCGAACGGAAUGCUGGAGCUGGUGUACGCAGGGAGGGCGAUCGGCGGCUUAGGCAUCGGCAUGGCGACGAUGACGGUGCCGGUGUACAUUGCCGAGACGUCGCCGCCGAGCAUCCGCGGGAGGCUGGUGGGCGUGUUUGAGAUCUUCUCGCAGGGGGGCGGGAUGCUUGGGUUCUGGAUCAACUAUGCCACGGACCGGACGAUCGACGAGCGCGAGAGAGCUCAGUGGAUCGUGCCGUUGGCACUACAGCUUCUCCCGGCCGUGUUGCUCUUUUUCGGGAUUAUGUUCUGUCCGGAGUCGCCGCGGUGGCUUGCCCGCGGGGAUGACUUCGAGGCGGCGGAGAAGGUGUUGGUGCAUAUUCGCGGGCUCCCUGCGGACCACCCGUAUGUGCAGAAUGAAAUGAGGGAGAUCAGGCAGCAGGUUGAGGAGAGGAGCACGAUGCGGUUGAGCAAGAAGCAACAGUUUCGAAAGUUAUUGGCCCCGGGAACGAGGAAUCGGGUUGGAGUUGGUGCUUUCCUGAUGUUUCUCCAAAGUUUCACGGGUGUCAACAUCAUGACAUAUUUCAGCCCGAGGAUCUUUGAGACGUUGGGUAUCGUGGGAACCAGCAACAAAUUGUUCAGCACCGGCAUCUACGGUGUUGCUAAGAUGCUCGGUAUGAUACUGUUCGCUGUGUGGGUCGUCGAGAAGGUCGGUCGCCGCGGAGGACUCCUUUGGGGAUCUCUGAUAGGCAGCCUGCCUCUUUGGUACGUGGGCGGCUACGUGAUGAUUGCAGACCCAGCCACGAAUGCCGCCGAAGGAAACAUCCAGUUGAGCGGAUGGGGUUAUUUUGCCAUGGGAAUCACCUGGACAUAUGCAGCGGAGAUCUUCCCGUUGGAUGUCAGAAUGUUUUGCGUUGCGAUUUCAACAGCAAGCACAUGGCUGGGUUCGUUCGUAGUGGCCAGAGCCACGCCGUUCAUGAUCACAGACCUGGGGUACGGAACCUACUUCAUGUUUGCUGGGUUCUUGAUUGGCAUCGGGUUGUGGUCGUUUUUCUGUGUUCCUGAGACGAAAGGAGUCUCGCUGGAAGAGAUAGACGCCCUCUUCUCACGGCCUACUCAUAUUGCCGUCUGGGCACAACUUCGCGGCAGGCCGAUUCUUCCCCAGGACAAUAGUUCAGUCGCUGGAUCCAUGGAUAAGAAUGAUGCAAAGGUCGAUGAAGUGGCAUAG